AUGGCUUCGCGAAUCCUACAAUCUGUCAUUCGAGCUCGGACUUUUUCAAGUUCUGCUAUUCACGCACCGGCCAAUAGCGUGUACUCGAGAGUGCGAAAUUUCAUAAUUAAUAAUGAAGUUCUCAGGAGCGAUGGUCACAAGGAACCUAAACAGACCCUCAGUAAAAUGCAAAAAGAGCUUCUGCAACAAAUAGAAGAAGUCGAUAUCAAUUACCGUGAGUUUAAGCUUCGAUAUAGUGGCAAGACAACUGAGAAUCUGCCUAACUUAAUUCCUUUUGACGAAGAAAGACGUAUGAUGGGAUGCAUUUGUCAUGAGGACACACAUCACAUCAGUUAUCUGCUUCUCUACAAGGGAUUAACUACGCGUUGUAAAUGCGGCCAUUGGUUUAAACUGGUUGAUUUUAACGAAUACGAGGCUGCACGGGAUAGAUAUUGGAAGAAAAUUGAACGUGAACCUGAGAACCAAAAAUUGAUGAAUCAGCUAAAUGAUGCCGAGGAUGAAAUGCAACGUCUGCUCGAUGCGAGCAAGGACAUGACUGAAUCAUCUCCGGGAUCAACAGAGAUGUUAGAUAAACUUGCAAUCCAAUGGCAGAAAUACAGAGAGGCCUAUCACCUUAUUAGAAAGAAGAUUGAUGAGGCCUGUCUCACAGACAUUCGCUAA